AUGAUAUUCCAAAAUAUCAAAAAAGACGCAAAAGAUAAAGAUCUUAAUGUACAGGAAAAUCGCGAAAAUAUAUCGCCAGACCCGGAACACGAAGAAACCAACAAUAAUAGGUCGUCUUUAGACAGCCGGAUAUUAGAUGACGGUCGGUUUUGCUUAUUUGCUUAUUUAGUUGCCUUGAUUUCUGAAGCUGAAAUAUUUAAAAAAGCAAACGGCAGCAAACAGUUUCCGAUUGGACUACAUUUAGCUAUAGUUCUGUAUCGUUUGGGCUCUUCAGGAGAGAGUGCGUCAAUAAGGAAAGUAGCAACUACUUUUGGAAUUGGCGAUGGUGCAACUUUGAUGAAAAUUACACAAAGAAUUUUUAGUGUUUUUAUAACACUAUUGACGAAGUACAUCGUAUGGCCAAGCUCAUCAGAGCAGGAACAAAUAAUAAGUGACACGUACAAUGAAUUACCGUUUUGCAUUGGCUAUAUCGAUGGCACCGAAAUAAAAAUUGCAGAUGCACCACAAAUUAAUCAAGAAAAAUAUUUUUCAAGAAAUCACAUUUAUUCCAUUAAACUUCAAGCUGUUUGUGAUUACAAAUUAAGAAUAAGAGAUGUUGUUGUUGGUUAUGAGGGCUCGACUCACGAUGCUAAAGUUUUUUCGAACUCAAUACUUUUAAAAGAAAAAGAUCGAUUUUUUUCUAAUCAAUCAUGGAUUGCUUGA